UUAUGCCUAAACAAGCAUAGUAAAAAUAAGCAGGAGGUAAAUUUGUGUCAACAGGUGACCCAGUAGCAGAUGAUAGAAAUUGGAUUGGAAGAGUUAAUAAUGAAUUAACAUGUACAGCUGCUUGGAAUAGAGAUUGGGGAUUCUUAGCAGGAAAUUCAGAGAAUCUCAAAUUAGAGGAUGCUACUAAACCUUAUAAUAUUGAUGAAUAAAUUAAAAAUCUCUAAUAAGUACUUUUAAUUAUUGAUUUUAAAAGGAAAUUGAAAAAAUUUAAGUUGAUCCAAAUAAAAUUACAAUUAAUAGAACUUAUGGUAAAGGAGAUACAUUAGAAAAGUUUGAGACUGAUUAAAAUAAUAAAACAAGAAACAAAGAUCUUAAACCUUAAGAUAGAAAAAUUCCAAAAACAUGGAAGUAUUAAAAAGGAUGGAAACCAGAACCAGAUCCUUAUGAUCCAAUCUAAAAUAUGUUCAAAAGUAAUAAAAAGAAAUGA